ACAUAAUAUGGUUUGAUGAACAGCCCUAACAUUUUAGAGAGGUGUGUCCCAGCACCUACUGUAUGUCCCAGCACAUAUAAAGCAACCUGGCUUGCAGGCAGAGCCUGUAAAAGGAAUCAUCCAAAGACCAGCCAACAGCCCCUUCAGCUCUCCUUUCAAAGACAAAGCUCUCAAACAGCCAUGAGGUUCUACCCACUUCUCUUCCUUGUCAUUCUCACCUGUUUGUACCUGACCGUGGCACAAGGUUCCUAUGAGGACUGCUGCCUGAAGUAUGUGAAGCUCCACAGAUCCUGGACGUCACUCAGGAAAGUGGUCACAAAAUACCGGGAGCAAAAACUAGAUGGAGGAUGCAACAUCCCUGCCAUUGUGUUUUCGAGGAGCCGAGGCAAGGAUUUCUGUGCCGACCCAAAGCAGCAUUGGGUGAAGCGCCUCAUGAAUUUCAUUGACAAGAAUGACACGAUUGGCAAGCAGAGGAAGAGGACCUACAGAGGAUGAUGGAGAAAGAGAGAGAGAGAGAGAAAGAAAGAGAGAGAGAGAGAGCAUUAACAGCGUAGCAGUGAACAAUAUUUCCACCUCCUCCACGCUGUCUGACUGAGACUUUGACAGCGCACAUUUGGACACAGACUCCGUUUGCUCCCCCUGCUCACCUGAUCACGUCCUCCUGCUUAGCGCACAGUUACAGGCCAAACUGUUCUUUUGUUAUUGCCUCUUUUGCAGACACACAGACCGAUAGCUUGCCAAUGAAACACACCACUGGCAAACUGACACAACUAGGCGGUAAGGCUGGCUGAGGGCCCACUACUAUUGAAAGAGAGACAGAAAGAGAGAGAGAGAUCCAAUGUGACAGAAAACUGUAACUGUCUGCCCAUUACUGACACCUUGUAAUCUGUGUGUGUGUGUGUGUGUGUGUGUGUGUGUGUGUGUGUGUGUGUGUGUGUGGGUGUGUGUGGGUGGGUGUGUGUGUGUGUGUGUGUGUGUGUGUGUGUGUGUGUGUGUGUGUGUGUGUGUGGAACAGUACACUUCUCUGUGUCAGUGAUCGCAUUAUCACAGAAAAUGUUUGAACAAGCCCGAGAGAAUCUCAC